AUGAAUGAUAUUGAAGCGCAGCUAUGUGAUCUGGGUAAUUUCACGAUCUUCCAAUCUUUCGAGUGGUUACAGAUGAGAAAAGUGGUGAAGGAAAUGGACGAGGAAGCAACAAAAUUGAAGAAUCUAUUGAAUUGCAUGGAACGAGAUGGCAUAACUUCUACCAUCAGUUUACUACAAAAGUUAACGAUUCACAGUUGGUCGUCCCAGUAUCAGGAUAUUCGAUUCUACUCCGGAAUCCUUCGAAAGCGAAUCGAAACUCAAUUAGAACGAGCCGUUCAUCGAAUGGCCCAAUUCGAGGCGACAGCUGUUAAAUACGAGAGAAUUGUCGAGAAUUUAGAAGUGAAAGAGAAUUCCAGUAUGAAAAGUUGUCUUAGAGCGGCACAGGCGAGAAAAGUGGUGAAGGGAAUGGACGAGGAAGCAAAAAAAUUGAAGAAUCUAUUGAACUGUAUGCAACGAGAUGGUAUAAUUUCAAAGGAUACUGCUUCAGACUUUGUAAAGUAA